GGCGUGUAUUCUACCUGUCCCACCUGGAUAACGGGGUUUAUGAUGAUACUAUAAUCAUAACAGCGCUUAAUGCCUUAAAAGACAUCUAAGAGAGGCUCAAUGUAGCUAUUAAUAGCCCAGGGAUCCUCCAAUUGCUACCCUAGCCGUUAAUCACCAGCUUUCUACACACACAAGGAUUUCAAGCAUCUCUAGGUUUAGGGCUUGCACAUAGCCGCCGGGGUUUCCAGUCCGAUAUCCAAUAUCCACCCAAUCGCUGCCUCACUCCUCAGGCACCAAAUAACCAGAUACCCCACCAAAACACCAUCACCAACUUUUUUCCUCCAACCCUCAUUCACUCCCUCACUAUCAAUCAAUCAAUCAACCAACCAAACAACCCUCACACCCACCAACCAAUCCAUCCCCCACCGAUACCGCCAGCAAAAUGCCAACCGCACCGCAAGAACCCUACACCCCACCCCCCCUCCCACCCCCAUUCACAACGACAACCCCACCCCCAACCCUCCUAACCCAAGGCGCCGAAGCCCACCUCUACAAAACAAUCCACCUGACCCCUUCCACACCCGCCGCCCUGAAAAUCCGCCCCUCAAAACCCUACCGCCACCCCAUCCUCGACCGCCGAUUGACCCGCCAGCGCGUCCUCCAGGAAGCCCGGUGUCUGGUGAAGCUCGUCCGGGAGGGCGUGAACGUUCCGGCAGUCUUGGCGCUGGAUUGGGAGGGGAAUGGGAAUGGGGGCGCGUGGUUACUUAUGGAGUGGAUUGAGGGGUUGGUUGUGCGGGUUGUUUUUGAGCGGUGGGAGGCGUUUAUGAAGGCUUAUGGGGAGGAGUUGAGUGAGGAGAAGCUUGGGGCGGAGGAGGGAAGGGUGAGGGCGUUGAUGAGGGAGAUUGGCGGGGUUGUUGGGGGUUUGCAUAAGGCGGGGGUCAUUCAUGGGGAUUUGACGACCAGUAAUUUGAUUCUUAGGCCGAAGGGGGCUGUUGAGGUUGAUGAUGGGGAGAGUCCGUCGAUGGAGGGAGAAGUUGUUUUGAUUGAUUUUGGGCUGGCGGGGCAGAGUUCUUCGGAGGAGGAUCGCGCGGUGGAUUUGUAUGUUCUUGAGAGGGCUUUUGGGAGUACGCAUCCUCGUGCGGAGAGGUUCUUUGAGGAGGUGCUUGUGGGGUAUAAGGAUAGUUAUAAGGGGGCUGCAGUUACGUUGAAGAGGUUGCAGGAUGUUAGGAUGAGGGGGCGCAAGAGGAGUAUGAUUGGGUGAAUUUGGGGUUUUUUCUUGCAUCUUUUCGUUUAUAUUAUGAGAUUGGGUUCGGUUGGAGUUGAAGAUUGUUCUAUCGGGGAGAAUAUGUUUUCAUUCAUCGUCAGUGACAAACACCACGCUUUAUC